ACGUGUUUUAAAGCCAUACACACAGCGCACUGCCACGCUCGCGCCUCCCGACGUGAUGCUCCGACCACGGCGUCAUUGUGUGUUGUGCCCCGGAGCCAUUCAAACGUUUCCCUCCGCCGAAACAUUUCACCGGACAGAUCCGCUACAGAUACCCGCCGGCGACAAACAUGGCCACCACCGAGUUGGAUGCAGAGUUUGGGAAAAUGUUCCCGGGGAAGGAAGACCUCUUCCUUUGGAAAUGGGAAGGACAUAUUGUUACGAAACUACUGAAAGUGGCUGCACUUAAAAAUUACCCUGAUGUCCUGCCAGCUGGUGAGGAGAGUGAUGAGUCACUUUGCUUCAGAGCCCUUCAGAUGCUCACACACUAUUUACCUCCGACUGUGUCAGGGAGGGCCAAAGGAUGGACCAAAUGCAGUGUGAAAUCAGCCCUUUCGUACAUCGUAGACAUAAAACCGACUGGUACGAGCAUCCCAAGCCUUCUUGAGGGAUCUCCUGAGGGAGCAGUGGGAGUCCCCCAGCCCAAGCUUGUGUGUUUAGGACACCCCCGGACAACAGCUCAGUACAUCAUCAUUGCCAAGAACGACAAAGUCGCCAUCCCUCUUCAAGAUGAGGGUUUGACAUGCACUAUUGACAAAUUGUUCAAAGUUUUCUGGGUUUGCAACAUGGCAUAUCCUGCCCAACUCGAAUCUGUCUAUGGUUUCUUUGAGCAUGUUUAUGACAUGCGCAUGUCAUGUUGUAACAGUUCAGCUCCACACCUUCUUUCUGUUAAUAGUUGUUUUCUUUAUCGGUUUGUCUAUUAACUCUCUUGUCA